AUGCAGGAUUCAGAUGCAAUCAAACUACGUAUUUUGAUCUUGAUAAGUUUCCUCUGUUUUGGUUUUGUAAACGGUCAAAACUACAACGUACUUAAUUUUGGUGCGAAAGGGGAUGGGCAAACUGAUGAUUCAAAGGCUUUUGUGGAAGCAUGGAACGCUACAUGUGGUGGAGAAGGUGACAUGAAAACACUUCUUAUUCCCACUGACAAAACAUUGUUACUCCAACCUGUUGCAUUCGAAGGUCCAUGUACAUCUACCUCUAUAAAAAUUCAGUUGGAUGGCGAUAUCGUUGCACCUAGCAACCAAAAAGCAUGGUCCAACUCCCAAUUCGAAAUGUGGAUCAGUUUUACAACGGUGUCUGGUCUAAUAGUCGUUGGUUCAGGAAAGAUUAAUGGGUGUGGUUCGUCUUUUUGGGAGCAAAAAGUUUCUCAACGUCCUACGGCAUUGCAUUUUACCAAAUGUGACAACCUUAGGAUAAGUGGAAUAACAUCGAUUGAUAGUCCAAAAAACCACAUAUCAAUCAAAGCAUGCGAAAAUGUCGCAAUAUCAAAUAUAAAUCUUUUGGCUCCCGAGGAAAGUCCCAACACAGAUGGAAUUGAUAUAAGUGACUCGACUAAUGUCAAUAUAUUUGAGUCUACAAUUCAAACUGGAGACGAUUGUAUAGCAAUCAACACCGGAAAUACCAAUAUCAACAUUACGAGGAUUAAUUGUGGACCUGGCCAUGGGAUCAGUGUGGGAAGUUUAGGAGCCAACGGAGAAAACGCUAUAGUUAGUGAUGUUCAAGUCACUUCCUGCACUUUCAAUCAGACGACGAAUGGAGCAAGAAUCAAGACAUUUCCGGGUGGCCAAGGAUAUGCACGCAAUAUAAGUUUUGAGGACAUUACACUCAUUAACGCAAAAAAUCCAAUUAUAAUUGACCAACAUUAUGUAAAUACACAGCGUCUUGACGCCGCAGAGGAUUCGGCAGUGGCGAUUAGUAGUAUAAAAUUCAUCGGCUUUCGUGGAACGACGCCAAAUGAAAAUGCUAUAACGCUUGAUUGUAGUGCAACCACACGUUGUAAAGAUGUCGUUAUGGAUGGAAUCAAUAUCACCAUGGCGGAUGGAGAAAAACCUAAAGUUGAAUGCAAGAAUGUUGAUGGAAAAUCUGAAGACACAAUUUUAAUGCGUGACUGUUUUCAGAAUGCUUAA